UCGGCUCUUCGCUCUCGGCAAAAACCCACGGCGGCGGGUCCAGGCGGCAGCCGCCCAGCAACACCCCCUUCCCUCUUUGGACUGGAUGCCUGCUCGGAAGCAGCAGCGCACCAGAGAUCCACCCUACCGCGCCGCACCUCCGCCCGCGCCCAUGUCAUGACGCCGCCGCGACGGAGCGAUGACCUGUGGCCCUCGCCCUCUUCCUCGUCUUCGCUCCUCUCCCGCCUGCGCUCCGCGGCCUCCAGUCUCCUGUCCCGGCAGUACAGCACAGAUAAGGGAGGUGAAGGCACUGCUCGGCGGAGUGGUGGCGGCUCUUCCUCCGCGCCUAGGCCAAUCAGACCAGGAUUUGUGGAUCCUUCAAAAUGGAGACAUUUUGACUCGAGGGCUUUUGGCAUUAACCUGGAUGCUAUACCUAAAGAUGCAUUGUCUGUUCUAAAAAAGCUCAGACGACAAGGUUUUGAAGCUUAUCUUGCCGGGGGAUGUGUGAGAGAUUUGCUACUGAAAAGGGCACCUAAAGAUUUUGAUGUGAUUACCACUGCAAGUCUCCGACAGAUUAAGAAAAAUAUAUUCAGGCGAUGUAUGAUUGUAGGCAGACGCUUUCCAAUAUGCCUACUUAAAAUUAAUGACUCAGUAAUUGAGGUCUCAAGCUUUCAAACAGUUGGUAAACAUUGGAAUAAAAGUAAAGAGGUAGAUUGUUUGGAAGAGUUGAAUGGCUAUGAUGAUGGGGAUAUCCUUCGCUGCAAGAAUUCUAUGAGAAGAGACUUCACAAUAAAUGGUUUAUUCUUUAACCCAAUGAACUACAAGAUUUAUGAUUACGUGAAUGGAGUAAGGGAUAUGAGACAAAACAAAGUGUGUACAGUGGUUCCUGCUCAUAUUUCUUUCAUGGAAGACCCUGCCAGGAUUUUACGUGGCUUGAGAAUUGCUGCGCGCCUUGGUUUCCAGUUUUCCAGUGAAACUUCUAAUGCGAUACACGAUCUUUCUUCGUCUAUAAUUAAUAUUGACAAGGCAAGGUUGACGAUGGAAGUGAACUAUAUGUUGUCUUAUGGGGCAGCAGAACCUUCUGUUAGGUUACUUAGAAAUUAUGGACUACUUGAUAUUUUACUGCCUUUCCAGGCAGCAUAUUUGUCUGAUCAGAUGAAGGGUAAGACAAGUGACAAAGACUUGAUGCUUAUGAAACUAUUGGCUAAUCUUGACAGAUUAUUCUCUGCAGACCGGCCAUGCCACUGCUCUUUGUGGAUGGCAUUGCUGGUAUUUCACACUGCACUGGUUAUUUCUCCACAAGACACCCUGGUAAUAAGAGCUUUUGCUGCACUUCUGUAUUUCGGAUCAUGGGAAAGCGCAAUUGAAUUUCUGAAAGAAGAAGCUGGUGCCCAAGUUACAUUUGUCCCAGAGACACUGGGUCCUUCUCAGGCCAAACUGGAUGAUCUUAUGGAACAAACAUCACACCUAGCAUCACUAGUCAAUUCUUCAGUACUUACAUUGACAUGUUCUGAUGCUCUGGAGCAAUCACUAGCCAGAUUCGCAGAGCCUCCACAAUUUUCGGGAGUAGUGAUCGCAUCCAACAAAGAGAGGAGCAGGCUGCUAAAAAUAUUUGGGACCUUUGAUUCUGACUUGACUUCGCAUGAUGAGCGAAGAUGGUUGCAUAAGAUCGAUUACUGGUCGCUGAAAGAUGGGAGUCCUGCCGAGGUCCGGUUUGUUCUCGGAAAAGUGAUCCUGGAUACUAUAAGCGAUAAGUCGCUGUGUGAAUCUGAUGAGGAUGCUCUGGUGUUCUGAUAUAAGUCGGCUGCAGAUCUUGCAGAUGAAAGCCGUUCCCUGUCCGCAUCAUUUGUCUUAGUGAAGCAGCACCAUAGCAGUCGUCGCUGCUCGCUGUGAAGAAACUAGCCUGUCUCAUGUUUUCAGUCAAUGCUGCUAAACAUAUACUACUGGUGUUCAGAUUUUGUUGGUGCUGUAGUAUGGCAACACCACAAGCCCACCGGCCGCAUUAUAUUGGUGUAGUUAAAUUUACCUGGAGAAAAUAGUGUGUAUUUUUUCUUUAAAAAAAAGGAGAGAAUGAUGUCUGCUCUCCAUUUUUGUUGGGUAAACGUAAACCAAUCACCCCGUUCGGCUGGGCUGCAGCCGGCCUGCUGCUGGCUGCUGGCCUGCUGCGGGCCACUGCCAGUCCCAACGGCACCAGUCGGGCCCAAAUGUUUUCCCGUCUCCUCCCGCUCCGGCACCGCCAUCACCGCCGCUUCCUCCAGACCCUGCCCUGUGCCGCCGCAAAAUCCGCCGCCGUGGUGGACCUCCACCACAGUCCAUGCUCCACGUCUGCCGCGUCGAGCCCAAGCCUGUCGAUAUGGCGGCGGAAGAAGGAGAUGGGGAAGGAGGGCCUCAUGGCGGUGGCGCAGCUCAAGCGGCUCGCGGCGCUUCCCCCGCCCGGGGACCACCCGCGCCUGGAGCAGUUCAUGGGCUCGCACGUGUCGCGCCUCCUCCGCACCGAUCUACUCGCCGUCCUCGCCGAGCUGCUCCGCCAGGACCACGUCAUCCUCUGCAAGAAGAUAUACGGUGUUCUGCGGAAAGAAAACUGGUACCGUCCUGACAUGUACUUCUACCGAGACAUGCUGUACAUGCUAGCAAAGGACAAGAAGGUUGGUGAGACGAGGCAGGUCUGGGAAGAUCUCAAGUCUGAAGACGUGCUAUUUGAUCGGCACACUUACGGCGACAUUGCGAGAGCCUUCUGCGAUGGUGACUUAAUCGAUCUGGCGAUGGAAAUCUACGAAGGCAUGAGGAGCUCCCCCGACCCACCUCUAUAGCUGUCAUUCCGUGUUAUCCUGAAAGGGCCGGUCCCGUACCCCGAAAUGAGGGAGAAGAUAAAGCGGGAUUUUCUGGAGCUGUUUCCCGAUAUGAUUGUAUAUAUAUGACCCACCAGAUGGUUUGUCAGAUGUAGAUGACGAAUUCUAUAAUGAAUAUAUGCAUGCUUAUGUUCUUGCUUC